CGCACCUAAGUCUGCAGGUCAACACCAGAACAGGUCGACAUGACGUCCAUCCCAGAUCUGAUCAAGAAGAAGAGAGACGGAGGAGUGCUGAGCGACGAAGAGAUCAAAACCUUCAUCCACGCCGUCACCAACAGAACGAUAGAAGAAUGUCAGACAGGGGCCAUGCUGAUGGCUAUCUGGCAGAAGGGGAUGGUCCAAGAGGAGAUCGAGACCCUGACCAGGGAGAUGAUGUCAUCGGGGGAAGUGAUGUCAUGGCCGAAGGAGUGGGCGGGGCUGAUGGUUGACAAACACUCAACGGGAGGAGUGGGGGAUAAAGUCAGUCUGGUGUUAGCGCCGGCGCUAGCUGCCUGUGGCUGCAAGGUGCCGAUGAUCAGUGGGCGGGGCUUGGCUCACACGGGAGGAACUCUGGAUAAACUGGAAUCGAUUCCGGGAUUCAACGUCCACCAAUCAGCAGCUCAGAUCCUGGAGAUCCUGCGCUCAGUGGGCUGUUGCAUUGUGGGUCAGACGGAGACGUUGGUUCCUGCAGAUCGAGUCCUGUACGCUCUGCGGGACGUGACCAGCACCGUGGACAGCCUCCCACUGAUCGCUGGCUCCAUCGUCUCAAAGAAAGGAGCCGAGUCUCUGCGCGCUCUGGUGCUGGACGUCAAGUUUGGACGAGCGGCUCUUUACAAAGACCUGCACAGCGCUAAAGAACUCGCACAGUUAUUAGUGCGUGUGGGGAACGGGCUGGGCAUGCGUACGGGGGCCAUCCUCAGCAGGAUGGACGCCACGAUUGGUGGAUGUGUGGGCAACAGUCUGGAGGUGAUCGAGUCUCUGGAGACGCUGAAGGGGAAAGGACCCGACGACCUGAUGGAGCUGGUCACCACUCUGGGCAGCCUGCUGCUGAAGAUGACUGGCUCGGUGUCCGACCUAUCAGAGGGCAGAAGGCGGAUUUCUGACGCUGUGAUUGGUGGAGCUGCUCUGUCCAAAUUCCAGGCCAUGAUGGAGGCUCAGGGCGUGGCCAAUGAGACGGCUCGGUCGCUGUGCUCCGCCCACACAGAUUACUACAGCGUGCUGAGAAAGUCUGAGCAUCAGAUGGAACUGAAGACGCCUGCAGACGGUGUCGUCGUGGAUGUCGGAGGUUUGACGUUAGCGGAAGUUCUUCAUAAAUUGGGGGCGGGACGAUCGAAAGCCGGAGGACCUGUCAAUCACAGCGUAGGGGUGGAGCUACUGGUGUCGCUGGGUCAGAGGGUCAGGAAAGGUGACUCCUGGCUGCGGCUCCAUUAUGAGGAUCCGGCUCCGAGUCCAGACCAGAUCCAUGGACUGCAGAGCGCUCUGACUCUGGGAACACGUGACACCACACAAACACGGACUCUAGUGGAAGAAGUGCUGCUGCCUCAGUGACACCGUUUAAUACUUUUAUUCAUCAAGUUCAAGUCCUGACUUCUAAACUCUACUUCAAUAAAAGUGCAACGUAUCAGCGAGCGAUGUGCUCCUGCAGAAUCAUGACCCGCUUCAGAAUAUAUAUAUAUCAUAUUGUAUUAUAAUCAUUGAUGCAU